GGUCCGGACAAGGCUCGCUCCCAGCUCCUCAUCCUGGACCGCGGCUUUGAUCCUGCUUCCCCAGUGCUGCACGAGCUGACCUUCCAGGCGAUGAGCUACGACCUGCUGCCCAUCGAGAACGACGUCUACAAGUACGAGACGAGCGGUAUCGGGGAAGCCCGGAUUAAGGAGGUUCUCCUGGACGAGGACGACGACCUGUGGGUCACUUUGCGCCACAAACACAUCGCCGAGGUGUCCCA